AUGGGCUCAGGUACAACCUUUGCCAUAGGCGGCUUUGUCAAGCUUUCGGUGGCUACACUGUGGUUCAGCGAACAGUUUUCUGUUGCCGAUUUUGCUUUUGCAGGCAUCGAGUUCCCAGGUCGCAUGCAUGUCAGGAUUCCAAGCUGGUCGGACAACACAGGCGCUGAAUCGGUGAGCAACAAGCUUUUUACGUCCUCGUACCCCCUCAGCAUCUUUGCCCAGCGUCUUGCAUUGUUUAGCUGCUUUUCGGGUAUCGAACUGGAUACUACUCAUAUAUCUGGUUCUCGCAAUGAACUUGCUGAUUGGCUCUCGCGUUGGAAUGGCACAGAUGCUCUUCCUUCGGGCAUUGUCCAGGAUUUCAGGAUUCGCCUUGAUCUUCGUCAGCUUUGGUUCAGGGAACGCUGUGUCUCUUUCCAUCCUGGAGAUUUUGAGCCAGGUUGGUCAGCACCUACGUUGCAGCUUUUUCGCGACCAAGACAACCACUGA